UGACACGGGCACAGCCCGUGCUCUCUAACGUGCCGGCGCCGCUUUUGCCAACACAAGUCACAGACCUGUUCAGCAUAAAUGUAUAAAAGCGUUUCCUUCCCUUCCUUCAUCGACGAUCAGCCUUGUUGCCAUGUCGUUGUUCACCUCAAUCGCUGCGACUGUCUCCCUCUUACUUUUAGGCAAACUCGUAUUCAGUUUGCUGCAAUUUUGGAUCGCUCCAUAUUUGUCCCCUUUACGCAAAUUACCUGGACCGCCUGCAAAGCAUUGGUAUUUCGGAUGGACAACGCCAGAUGUGAUGUUUGGCCUGAGUGCCAACAUCUCCCAAAAGCAUGAAGAAUACGGUACUGUAUUCUAUGGAAGAGGCAUUCAUCGUGUGCCAACUUUAUAUAUUGCUGAUGAAGUGGCGGCAAAUUACGUUUUUCAAAAUCAAUUCUCCUCAAACAAUCCAGAGCUUUUCCGUCAAGUGCCUUUUUUGGUUCGAGCAGCCCGUGCCUACUUUGGCUCAACAAUCUUGGGCGUAGAGGAAGAUGUUCAUCGCAGACAAAGGAGAGCAAUGCUACCUGCAUUCACUGAAUCUUCUGUUCGACAAGCAAGCCCGGUGAUGUAUGAGGUCACACAAGAUUUGAUGGAUUUGAUGCGCAAAGAUCUGGCAGGCAAAGCAGAAUAUACGCAAACUGAUGCAUUAAUCUACGUCAGAGAUGCUACGCUCGAUAUAAUGGGAAGAGCAGGAUUUGGACGAGAUCUUGGUGCAUUGAACAAAAAGACGACGAAACUGAACAAAACGUUCCAUGGGCUUGUUGCGAUGCUCACAUCUCCUUCGUACUAUGCUUUAUUGCGCUUUCGUAUUCCUUGGAUACGCUAUAUAGGCAAAUAUGUCUCCGAAGAGGAAGUAAGAUUCCGAGAGUUCCGCAAGGGUAUUGAGGAUCAUGCGGAUGAUUUGGUCAAGACUGCAGAACAUGAAACCAAAUCUGGAUAUGCUGAAGAGGAUCGCAAUGUUUUGCGUUUGAUCAAGCGCAAUUCUGCGAAUGGUUUCAGUGAUAAGGAAUUGCGAGAAGCAGUUCCGAUUAUGCUAUUGGCAGGUUAUGAGACAAGCGCAACUACGAUCGCAUGGGCAAUUCAUGUGUUAAGACGGGAUGUUGAAGGUUUAAAGAGGCAAGCAAGACUUCGAGCUGAGCUAAACGCAGACGAAUUCCAAGGAUGGCAAAGCGACUUCAGUGUUCUUAAUGGAAUGCCUUAUUUGGACGCAGUAUGUACGGAAGUUUUGCGCUUGUAUCCCGCAAUAGCAUCCAUCAAUCGAAUUUGCUGGCAAGAUACAGUCAUUCCGUUGAGUCGUCCGAUCACUCUGCGUGACGGUACGACGACAGAUAAAGUCCCAAUCAAAAAGGGUGAAUACAUCUACAUUAGUGCUGCAAGCGUCAACCGAAAUGCAUCUGUCUGGGGAAAGAAUGCAAAUGAAUUUCUUCCUGAACGUUGGUUACGUGAUGACCACAUCUACUUCGAUGCAAGUCUUGUAUCAAACAACAACAGUCAACUUGGCGGAUGGAAUCGUUUGAUGACUUUUGGACAAGGACUGCGAAUGUGUUUGGGAUUCCGAUUUGCAUUAGCAGAAUUCAAGAUUCUUUUAGCUUAUUGUAUCGCUAAUUUUGACUGGCAAGCUGCGAUCGAUGCAAAGAGCGGAAAAUCUGUUGAGAUUGAAUCCCGUGGUCAAAAUAUCAACAAGACGGCAAUUAAAGGUGCAGAGAGGAACCAAUACUCUCUUCCUGUACUCGUGAAAGAAAUUAAAUGAUUCAAAUUCGGCUUAUCAAGAUGUAUUCGGUAUUACUUUCGGUGUAAAUGUAUCCCAACAAAUGCCGUACAUGUUUUCCUUGUAGCAUAUACUUUGUCUAUCUUUAGAUCAAUUUGAAAGAACCUUUUUCCAUCUAUUGACCCCGCAACUUUCACAAAUUGAUCGCCGCGAAUUGGAAGCCCGUUUUUAUUCGAGGCAGAAUAUCAGUAUCUUGAACGGUGUCAAGGUACAAGGCACAUUUCACUUAGCGCCGAAAGGCUGCAUAACAAACAAAGUGUGGGGGCCAUGCGAAAAGUUCCCACAUAGAACGACGAGACAGAUUGG